AUGUCCCCAAUCCCCAGCUACUCCCGCCCCGGCCGCGGCCAACACUUCCAAGAAGCCUACGGCUUCGCCGAAGCCUGUAUAGCCGGAGACCGAAUGGAAAUAGCCGGCCAGACCGGCAUGUCCCCCACAUCCACCGAAGUGCCCCCCACACUCGAAGAAGAAGUCGCCCAAGCAUUCACCAACAUCAACGAAGUCAUCCUCUACACACUAGAAAAAGCCAAGCCCGAUCUACGCGCUAGCGUGAAAUCCGGCUGGGACCGCGUCGUGAAGAUCCGCACGUACCAUGUCCAGUUGCCCCAGACCCGAGAGAAGAUUAUUAACCUGAUGGUGGAGAAUGUUAAGAAGUGGUGUCCCGAUCAUCAGCCUACUUGGACUAUGUUGGGGAUUGAGGCGUUGCCGUUUGAAGGGCAGAAUUUGGAGAUUGAGGUGGAUGUUUUUUUGGGGUAA